CCUACCACACCAAACUCUUCGAGAUCUUCGACCUACCAGUUCUUGUUCUGGGGUUAGGCCACUGCUCAGAGUAUGAGCCUCGUGGGCCUUUGUGCGGCCUCUGUCUUUUACAUGUAAAGUUUUAGCAUUAAAUCCUCUGGAAAAAACUUGAAAACUACCAACGGGAGCAUUUUACCAUUCCAUUUUCUAGUUACCACUCCAUAUCCCAUUGCUGCUGCCUCUUGGAGUACAGAACUAGGAACUGCGCAGGCGGCCGGAGCAACACCGAGAAAGCGAGGUUCGUCGGAGCAGCGAAGGCAAACGUGGUCAAAGUUUUCUGAAAUUUGAUGGGGGAAAAGAAUGAACAGGGGUCUGAUUUUGUGACUUUGGAUGUGAAUGCGCAAACCUUCUUUUCUUCAGCUCCUCCACUGAAAGAUGAGAGUGAUAUUGCUAAGAAAGUAAAAGAUUUCAUUGCGCAGAAUGGUGAAGCUAUUGAGCGUAGGAGGCUAAUUGGGAUUGUCUGUGUUACAUCUGGGGGCACCACUGUCCCUUUGGAGCAGAGAUGUGUGCGCUUUAUCGACAAUUUUAGUUCAGGCCAUCGAGGGGCAACUUCUACCGAAUAUUUUGUAAAGGCCGGAUAUGCAGUUAUCUUUCUCCACAGGCGUGGGACCUGUCAACCUUAUUUUCGGGAUAUUCCAGAAGAUUCAUUUAUGGAAUAUUUUGAGCUUAAUGAUGAGUUGACUGUUAAUGUACGGCAGGCACAUAUGGAAGUGAUGAAAAGUUCAAUUGGCAAUUAUCAUGCUUCUGUAAGGGGUGGUCUUCUACUGAAACUUCCAUUCACCACUAUAUUUGAGUAUCUUCAGAUUCUGCGAAUAGUUGCAACAUCUAUGGACAGUCUUGGGCCAAGGGGAAUGUUUUAUCUUGCUGCUGCAGUGUCUGACUUCUAUGUUCCUUGGAUGAGCAUGGUUGAACACAAGAUUCAGUCUUCAAGUGGUCACUUGAAUGUGAGCCUUGCUCCAGUGCCAAAGAUGCUGUCAGUGUUGAGAAAUGAAUGGGCUCCAAGGGCUUUUUGCAUUUCUUUUAAGUUGGAGACAGAUACUGAGAUUUUGUUGGAGAAGGCUGAGAUGGCACUCAACAAGUACAAGAUGCAUGCAGUUGUUGCCAACGAGCUGCUCACACGUAAAGAACAAGUAAUCGUCCUCAUUUCAGGUAAGAAGAUUACAAUCCGCAGAACAGAAGAAUUCAGAGAUGUAGAAGAUCCGCUCAUCGACCUCCUUGUGCAGAACCAUUUGGAAUUCGCUAAGCAGCUCCAAAGUAACGGUUCUGCUUGAAUAUUGAUAUCUGGACACCCCAAAUUCGCACUGCUUAUUGUACAAAAUAAAAGUUAUUUAAAAUAAGAAAUAAUCAGAUUAAAAAGACAGACACCUUUCUGUAUGUAUUCUUUAUGGCAUUUACACUAUGCAGGUAAUAAUGUGAAGCCCACGUUUGUGCAGUUCAUGUGUCUCAUCCAUAUCUCUUACCACCCUGUUAUGUAGUUGUCUUCUCAUCAUGCUGUAACUUCUGAAUCUAUAUUUUAAAAUAAUAAGAAACUUACUUUUUCCUUUUA